AAACAAAAACAAAGAAAAAGUACCGCAACUAAAAGCUUGCCUUCUCACUCACUGUAUUCUCUCCUGUCCAGCGGCAGCUCGGCUCUAUUUCCGCAGUCAGUCUGCACAUGCGCACAGGAUCUACUUAGCUUUGGCCGUCAGGGCGGCAGCAGUUAGCCUCAGUUCAGCUUGUAGGUAAACAUGGCGGUGGAGAAGCGCCUGGCGUUCUCUAUCGUACAGUUCCUACGAGAGCAGACGCACGGCGGAACUUUGAAUUCUGAUGAGCAGGAGAGCCUGGAAGUUGCCAUCCAAUGUCUGGAGACCACCUUUAAGAUCAGCGCCAGCGACUGUCAUCUGGCCGCACCGCAGCCCCUCAUGGAGGUCUUCCUCAACUCACUGCUCAAGAACGACAUCCUGGCCUUACCGACGACAUCGCCGUCUCCAGAAGAUGCUGAACGAGCUGAACAGCUGAAGAACGAAGGGAACAACCACAUGAAGGAGGAGAACUACCGAUGUGCAGUGGAGUGCUACACCAAGGCCAUCGAGCUGGACCUGAGGAACGCUGUCUAUUACUGCAACAGGGCGGCCGCUCACAGUAAACUGGGAAACUACACAGAGGCGACCGGGGACUGCGAGCGAGCCAUUGCGAUCGACCCCAGCUACAGCAAAGCGUACGGCAGGAUGGGCCUGGCAUUGACGGCCAUGAACAAAUACCCCGAGGCCAUUUCUUAUUUUCAGAAAGCGCUGGUGCUGGACCCCGACAACGACACAUACAAGUCCAACCUGAAGGUGGCAGAGCAGAAGCAGAAGGAAGUGAGCAGUCCGAUUGCCGCUGGACUGGGAUUUGACAUGGCCAGUUUAAUCAACAACCCCGCUUUCAUCAGCAUGGCAGCCAGCGUGAUGCAGAACCAACAAGUCCAGCAGCUCAUGUCAGGAAUGAUGUCCAACGCUGUGGGCGGGCCGGCGGCCGGAGUGGGCGGACUGUCGGACAUUUCCAGUUUAAUAGAAGCGGGGCAGCAGUUUGCCCAGCAGAUCCAGCAGCAGAACCCCGAGCUGAUCGAGCAGCUACGGAACCACAUCAGGAGUCGCUCCUUCAGUGGCAGCGCCGAGGAGCAUUCGUGAUCCGCUCAGAUGGCCGAGGAGUCGGAUGCCAAGCUGAUCCCGCCCAGGCGGGACCCCGAGAGAUGACUGUGAACAAAACAUGCGACACACAUGAGUGACUUGUUAUCUUCAGAGUGGUCCAAACGCUUCUUCUGGUACUCGUGACGUCAUGUCCGCCAUGUUUGUUAAGUCUCAUUCGACCCUCAGUGUUCACAGGUAGAAGACACCAUCACAUGGAAGAAUGUUGGACAUUCUCUGUCAUGCUAGUGAAUGAUGAGACGUCUCCAAUGUCUGAUUAGUACUAUUUGAAGAAAACCACCACAUUGCAUUGCAGUGAUAUCAGAGAUUAGCCUGACUGAUUUAUGAACAGUUGGCUGAGACUCCGUAUGUUUACAUAGACCAAGUGCAACAUCCGGGCACUUAACCACGUGUCCCAUGUAAACAGGUUGUAGCCUCCGGGUUCUGUGUCUUUGUGGUUGGCGGGAGGAGUUUUCAUCAUUUAGCUGAAGUCAAAUUCUAGAUUUGUCGACUGACAUUUGCAAGCCAACGCCACACAGUGUUGUACUACCAUGGCAUAUAUCACGAUAUUUUGGAGAUGUAUCACGAUAUGACGAUAUAAAAUGUAAAUUCAGCUGAGUCCUGUAUAAAAACCUGUAGCCAUAAAAUGAAAUAUAUGUCUCCAAUUGUAAAGCACAUGUAUUUAUUGGUGAGAAAGUGGCUAACUUUUCUAAUACUCAGACAAAAUCUAAAAUCUAAAUCUCCGACAAAGUGUAAAGCCUGUGAUGGUGAUAAAGGAAGAUGUAGUCACCCAUGCAAUUCCAACUGCAUAGGGAAGAUAUUUUUCCGACACUCUUCCUUACACCGACGGCAAACCGCGCUUUUAUUUUGAAGGCCAUAGUAUGUCCUCUGUGUGUUGAGAAUGUCUGUUGGGUACACGAAUAAACGUGCUUCCCGUCUUCACUCAGAACCGAUGCGCUGUCACCCCGCAUUGCGAAACGGCCCUUACAUGAAAGAGGUGAAGAUAUACUCACACACGCAACCACACUAGCAUGCUAAACUAAGCUAACCCCGUUUUGCUCUCCGAGGUGCCGCCAACCUUCGCCGGUGUUUAUCACCAUUUAUAGUGAAAACGGUCUGCCGAGUAAAUACUUACCCACACGAAGGUUCCUCAUGAUGACAGCAUUUCAUUCAUCUUAUGUGUCAAAGUACGCCGUGGCGCGCAACUCUGCUUGUUUACGUUUAUGUCAUUUAUACCAGUAUAAGUCUUAUCGUUCUUACAUACCAGUAUAUAAAAAAAUAUCAUGCCAUGUAGAUUUUCUAUAGCAUUGUAUAUGUAUACUUUGGCACCUUAUGUCAUUUUUUGCUUGUUUUUUUUAUUUUAGCAUUUCUUAAAAUUGUAUUUAUUAUUAUUAUUAUUAUUAUUAUUAUAUUAUUUAUUUUCACAAUAUUGGUUUAUUCCUAUAUUAUUUUUACGUUAUUCUUGAAAUAUUUUUACUCUUUUCACAAACAAAUUUUCACAAAAAAAUUAACUUGAUUUUUGUUUCUCAUAUUAUGACUUUAUGUUAACGGUAAUGGUUUAAUUUUAUUUGAACAUGCAUCAGAUUACAAUUGAGUGCAUCACAUAAUCAGUUCACAGUUCCACAUGUCCAAAAGGAGUAGGAAGAAGCAAAGCUUAUUAAAUCCUACCCCUCCAUCUGGUACUUUUACAAUCAGUAACUGUUACAUUUGUUCACUUCCUGCUUUCCUAAUAUAAUUUAAGUUUUUUUUAGCUUUAUUUUAUUUAUUUGUUUUUUGUCACGUACCAAAGUACGAGGUGAUAAAAUAUACAUUUGUUAAAACAGUAAAACCUCGCCUUACAAACAAUUCAGAACAUAGCUUUGAAUAAAUAAAUAAUAAUAAGUGUGACCAAGGGAUCAUUGUAGAAAUAAAAUUGGACCAGAAAAGGGGAGAAAUAUAGCAAAAGGAAAAAUGUUGCCAUUCAUAACUAAUAACACAAACCUUUUGUUGUUUUCGCCUGGUGUAUUUACAGCUUAUGGCUUGCUAGGCUAACCUCGCUGGUGAAAAAACGUAUAUGUGCUGGUGUCUUCUAUCAUAUAACACUGAGGCUUCACAUUCAACUCAGCCUACCAAACACGUGACUGACACACGUGUGUUGUUUGCAGCCUGCAUUGUGACGUCAUUGCACUUUAGCACCACUUAAUAAAUAACAAGCCCCCCCCCCCAAACCCCUUUAAGACUGUAGUUAUGUGUUGACGAUGUAGUCAAAGUGUUAAGGUGGCUCCUCCUGCAUGCUUUGAAAUCUGGAAUUGGGCAUCAGAUGCUUUAUGGAAACAAUUAGCACUGCUGGGCCAGGAAGACGCUUUCUCCGAUCACUUGUCCAAAUAAACAAUAAAUGUCCUGGAGUUUAACUCACCCUUUGU